CCCACUUCCUUUGACUGCCGCCUCGGGCAUCAAGACGGAGUUGUUCUCCUUCCAACUCCCCACCAGGCACUUGAAUAAAUUUGCUGCCCUCGCUCUAACGUCUCCUUCUUCUUUCUCACUGAGACACAAUAUCAAUUACGGAUGCAUACCGAAUAACCAAUUUGAACUGCCUUCUGCCUGCAGCUUUCAGUUUCGGAAAGAAGCCUGACGUCACCCGAGCUUCCACUACAACAAUACACCGCAAGAAUACAAUCUAGUCUUACCUACAACAUAUUUUGCGAAACGACCACAGCCUAGAGCGACUUUUAACUUGAUCGAGACAUUUGUCUCGCGACAUCCUAGUCAAGAUGAACUCAAAGAUGGAGUUUACCGACCGGGCCAAGAAGGCGUUAGAAGACGCCAUGGUCCUCGCCGAGCAGUAUGCGCACUCCCAGUUGAUGCCAAUACAUCUGGCCGUCGCCCUCCUCGACCCCCUCCCAGACCAGAGCAAGGACCAGCAGAAUGCGCCGCCGGGGACCACAAGCACCCUCCUGCGGCAAGUCGUUGAGCGAGCCCACGGCGACCCCCAGCUUUUCGACCGCGCCUUGAAGAAGACCCUCGUGCGCCUGCCUAGCCAAGAUCCGCCGCCCGAGAACGUCUCCAUGGCGCCUUCGUUCAACAACGUGCUCCGCAAAGCCAUGGAUCUCCAGAAAAUCCAAAAGGACACGUACAUAGCGGUUGACCACCUCAUUACCGCCUUGUCGGACGAGCCUUCGAUCCAAGCGGCCUUCAAGGAGGCCAACAUUCCGAAGCCCAAGUUGGUGCAGGACGCUGUGCAAGCCAUCCGUGGCACGAAACGCGUCGACUCCAAGAAUGCCGACACGGAGGAGGAAAACGAGAAUCUUGCCAAGUUCACCAUCGACAUGACAGCCAUGGCGAGGGAAGGCAAAAUCGACCCUGUUAUUGGCCGUGAGGAGGAGAUUCGGCGCGUGGUCCGGAUUCUCUCCCGCCGAACCAAGAACAACCCCGUGCUCAUUGGCGAGCCAGGUGUUGGCAAGACUACAGUCGUUGAGGGUCUCGCGCAGCGCAUUGUCAAUGCCGACGUUCCCGACAAUCUAGCGCACUGCAAGCUACUGUCUCUCGACGUUGGCGCGCUGGUCGCCGGAAGCAAAUACCGAGGAGAAUUCGAGGAGCGCAUGAAGGGAGUCCUCAAGGAGAUUCAAGAAUCAAAGGAGAUGAUUGUUCUCUUUGUCGACGAGAUCCAUCUCCUGAUGGGCGCUGGUUCCUCGGGAGAGGGCGGCAUGGACGCGGCCAACCUGCUGAAGCCCAUGCUCGCAAGAGGACAGCUUCACUGCAUUGGUGCAACCACCCUGGCCGAAUAUCGAAAGUACAUUGAGAAAGAUGCAGCUUUUGAGCGCCGUUUUCAACAGGUUCUCGUCAAGGAACCGUCGAUCCCCGAGACCGUCUCGAUUCUGCGUGGUCUGAAAGAGAAAUACGAAGUCCACCACGGUGUCAACAUCACCGACAGUGCCAUCGUGGCUGCUGCUACGCUAGCGGCUCGGUACUUAACCCAGCGGAGACUGCCGGAUUCGGCGGUUGAUCUGAUUGAUGAGGCUGCCGCCGCCGUCCGCGUAGCUCGAGAAUCGCAACCGGAGAUUAUCGACUCUCUUGAGCGGAGAUUGCGGCAGCUGAAGAUUGAGAUUCACGCCCUAUCCCGUGAGAAGGACGAUGCUUCCAAAGCACGCCUCAUUAUAGCGAAGCAGGACGCCGAAAAUGUUGAGGAGGAGUUGCGACCACUCCGCGAGAAGUAUGACCGGGAGAGACAACGGGGCAAAGAUAUCCAAGAGGCGAAGCUGAAGUUGGAAAACCUCCGAGUCAAAGCCGAAGAUGCCAGCAGAGUUGGAGACCACAGCCGCGCCGCCGAUCUACAAUACUACGCCAUCCCAGAGCAGGAGCAAGCCAUCAAGAAGCUUGAGAGGGAAAAGGCGGCGGCCGACGCGGCCCUCAACGCCGACGCGGCUGACGCUGGCGGUGCUAUGGUCACCGACAUUGUCGGCCCUGACCAGAUCAAUGAGAUCGUGGCUCGUUGGACUGGCAUUCCGGUGACACGGCUGAGGACUUCGGAGAAGGAGAAGCUCUUGCACAUGGAGUCUGUGCUUGGAAAGAUUGUGGUCGGACAAAAAGAGGCUGUGCAAUCGGUGUCCAAUGCCAUCCGGCUCCAGCGCUCAGGUCUUAGCAACCCGAAUCAGCCGCCAAGCUUCCUCUUCUGUGGUCCGUCUGGUACCGGCAAGACGCUGCUUACCAAAGCCCUGGCGGAAUUCCUAUUCGACGACCCUAAGUCGAUGAUUCGGUUCGACAUGUCCGAGUACCAGGAGCGACACUCUCUCAGCCGAAUGAUUGGUGCCCCGCCAGGCUACGUCGGACACGAUUCCGGCGGUCAGCUGACCGAGGCACUCCGUCGCAAGCCCUUCUCUAUCCUCCUGUUUGACGAGGUCGAGAAGGCUGCGAAGGAGGUCUUGACGGUUCUUCUGCAACUCAUGGAUGACGGUCGGAUCACUGACGGGCAAGGACGUGUUGUGGACGCGCGGAACUGCAUCGUGGUCAUGACGUCGAAUCUCGGUGCCGAAUACCUCGCCCGCCCGAACGCCCGGGAUGGCAGAAUCGACCCGACGACACGGGAGCUCGUCAUGAAUGCGCUGCGCAACUACUUCCUCCCCGAGUUUCUCAACCGCAUCAACUCGACCGUCAUCUUCAACCGUCUCACCAGGCGCGAGAUUCGCAGGAUCGUCGAUCUGAGGCUCAGCGAGAUCCAAAAGCGGCUGUACGACAACGACCGAAAUGUCACGAUCAGUGUCUCGGACGAGGCCAAGGACAAGCUAGGGGCUGCGGGCUACUCGCCAGCGUACGGCGCGAGACCGCUCCAACGUCUGCUCGAGAAGGAGGUGCUUAACCGCAUGGCGGUUCUGAUCCUCCGCGGCAAUAUCCGCAACGGCGAGGUUGCUCGUGUGGAUGUUGUUAAUGGCAAGGUCACGGUUCUGAGCAACCACACGGCGAGCGAUGAUGAAGAUGAGGAAAUGAUGGUUGAUGAUGAUGAUGAUACGAUUGAGGAGAUCGCGCCAGACUCGAUGGAUGAGGACAUCUACAACAGCUAGAGUAUGCUGUCAGGAUGAUGGCGGAUAAGUUGAAGUUCAAGAGGGGUGCGGCACUAAACUGUGAAGUAUUGGCAUGACUCGAUGGAUGAGGACAUCUACAACAGCUAGAGUAUGCUGUCAGGAUGAUGGCGGAUAAGUUGAAGUUCAAGAGGGGUGCGGCACUAAACUGUGAAGUAUUGGCAUAAAACCCCCCAUGGCGGGACAUGAUGACGAUUAUGAGAAGUAAUGCCACAUCUCAUGAAAUCUUUUUUGAGGCAUGGUUGUUCGUUUGCGAGGCAUGGCCUGGGCCUAGGCAACCGUACUCGGCCUCCACUUGGAGUCAAAUAAUAUAGAGUUACCUUAACAGAAGAACAUGUAUGUAGAGACAGCUCAAUGCAUCACUAGCAAUAGGGACUCAAAAAUGAAUAGGCAUUUUGCCGCACUAAAGGC